CACUCCAAAUAUUUUCGAAAUUUCUGGAUUGCGCGAAGAAUUUAAACAACGACGAAGUACAUAUACACCACUUCGUGUCUUCCCAAACGUAGUAACUAGCUAGUAAUAUACACUUAUAAACUGUAUUAUUUUUUUAAUGUCGAAAUACAUGUGGAUCGGACCCUGUUAAUAUACAUAUCGUGCGUGAGUAAGUCCGCCAUUGAUCUUGCUGAGUUCUGUGUAAAUGAUUGUCGUUGAUUUUGUUUCAUUCAACUUCAGCUACCAAGAGAAGGCUGGGUACGUGAAAGCCAUAUUGAAUUGAGUUAAAAAAAAAGAAUACAUGUGGAAGCUAAAGGUUGCAGAAGGCCAAGGGCCAUGGUUGUAUAGCACCAACAACUUUGUUGGUAGACAAAUUUGGGAGUUUGAUCCUGAUGCUGGAACAUCGGAGGAGAGAGAAGCAAUUGAAAAAGCUCGAGAUGGCUUCCGAAAAAAUAGAUCUCAGGUUCAUGGCUGCGGUGAUGUUCUUAUGCGAAUGCAGCUUAAAAAGGAAAACAGCAACAUCGAUCUAAGCAUACCACCAGUGAGAUUAGGGGAGACGGAACAAGUCAACUACGAAGCUGUUACAACUGCUCUAAAAAAAGCCGUUCGAUUGAAUUGCGCAAUUCAAUCAAAAGAUGGUCACUGGCCGGCUGAAAAUACCGGCCCGCAUUUUUUCACACCUCCCCUGCUCAUAAGCCUUUACAUAAGCGGAGUAAUCGACACCGUCUUAACAGCAGAACACAAGAAGGAGAUGAUUCGAUACCUUUACAAUCACCAGAAUGACGAUGGAGGAUGGGGAUUCUACGUAGGAGGUCAUAGUACUAUGAUUGGCUCGGCACUUAGCUACGUUGCGUUGCGUUUGUUAGGCAAAGGUCCUUCCGAUGGAGAAAACAGGGAGAUGGAAAGGGGUCGGAAAUGGAUAUUUGAUCAUGGUGGCGCAACUGGGAUACCUUCAUGGGGCAAAACCUAUCUUUCGGUUCUUGGAGUGUACGAAUGGUCAGGAUGCAACCCAUUGCCCCCUGAGUUUUGGCUUUUCCCUUCGUUUUUGCCCUACCAUCCAGCAAAAAUGUGGUGUUAUUGUCGCACAACUUACAUGCCAAUGUCGUAUUUGUAUGGGAAAAAGUCUGUGGGGCCGAUCACGGAACUUGUCAAAUUAUUGAGAAAAGAAAUUCACCCACAGCCAUAUGAAGAGAUAGACUGGAAUAAAGCACGGCAUAGUUGUUGUAAGGAGGAUGUCUAUUACCCUCACACAUUCAUCCAAGAUCUGCUUUGGGAUGGUCUUCAUUGUGCGAGCGAGCCGAUCAUAAACCAGUGGCCGUUUUCCAAGAUUAGAGAGAAAGCUCUUCGAAAAGUAAUCAAGUACCUGCGGUAUGGAGCAGAAACUACCAGAUACAUUACUCUAGGAUGCGGAGAGAAGAGUUUACAGAUGAUGUGUUGGUGGGCAGAGGACCCUAAUGGUGAUGAGUUCAUGUAUCACCUUGCCAGAGUUCCUGAUUACUUGUGGCUUGCAGAAGAUGGAAUGAAAAUGCAGAGUUUUGGUAGUCAGUUAUGGGAUUGUACUCUUUUGACUCAGGCCAUAAUGGCAAGUAAUCUUACUGAUGAAUAUGGAGAUGCUCUUAAAAGGGCGCAUUUUUACAUAAAAGAAUCACAGAUCAAAGAAAACCCUGCUGGGGAUUUCAAGAAAAUGUACCGUCACUUUACUAAGGGGGCAUGGACUUUCUCUGAUCAAGAUCAAGGUUGGGUUGUCUCAGAUUGCACAGCUGGUGCACUGAAGUGUUUAUUAUUACUUUCGCAAAUGCCACCGGAUGUUGCAGGAGAAAAAGUGAAUGUUGAACUACUAUACGAGGCGGUGGACGUCCUCUUGUACUUCUAUAGGCCUGAAAGUGGUGGUUUUGCUCUUUGGGAACCAGCAGUUCCACAACCAUAUUUAGAAGUGUUGAAUCCUUCAGAACUUUUUGCAGACAUUGUGGUAGAGCGAGAGCACGUCGAGAACACUGCAUCCAUAAUUGAAGCUUUACUAUUGUUCAAACGCUUACACCCACUGUAUCGAAGGAAGGAAAUAAAUACUUCCGUGGAAAGAGCAGUGCAUUUCCUCCAAAAUAGACAGCAGCCCAACGGUUCUUGGUAUGGCUAUUGGGGAAUAUGCUUCAUCUAUGGUACGUUUUUCACGCUAGGAGGGUUGACUGCUGCUGGGAGUACAUAUGACAAUAGUCAAUCAGUUUGUAGAGGUGUUCAGUUUUUACUUUCAAUACAAAAUGCUGAAGGUGGCUGGGGAGAGAGCCAAGAAUCAUGCCCAAAACAGAAAUACAUACCGCUGGAAGGAAAUCGAACGAAUUUUGUACAGACAUCAUGGGCUAUGUUGGGUCUUAUUUCUGCUGGACAGGCUGACAGAGAUCCUACCCCAUUGGAUAAAGCAGCCAAAUUGCUAAUUAAUGCACAGAUGGAAGACGGUGAUUUUCCGCAACAGGAACUAACUGGAGUAUUUAUGAGGAAUUGCAUGCUACAUUAUACCCAGUACAGAAAUAUGUUCCCCACAUGGGCGCUGGGCGAGUAUCGCAAACAUGUUUGUUCUUCUUUCCUGUAAACCUAAUCUCGAAGAUAGUAUACAUGCAAUUCUACUGUACGCAAUGCGUGUGUGUGUUCGAAACAAAAUAAAACACCAGUUGUGUGUACGUCGACAAGGGGUCAAAUACCGUGCAAAUGAUCUUGUGUUUGAAGGUGCAAUUUAACAGAGCAAUGAAGUAUAAAUAAAGUUAAUAAA